GAAAGUUUGUAUAACUUUAAACACCAUUUCUCUCCAGUCCUCUUCUAUAAAUAAAUCGCUCUUAGUACACUAUCUUUAUCACGCUUUCUUUCUUUAUUUCUCUUCAAUGGCCAUGUCAAAUUUUCUCUCUAUUUCUCUGUUUGUUGCUUUUCUCUUUUUGAACCAUGGCAUCGAAGCCUCUCACGUUAUUUAUCCUGAGUUUCAAUCUCUUGCUGCUACGACUGUCCAACAAACUCACAGGACUGGUUUCCAUUUCCAGCCUCCCAAGCACUGGAUAAAUGAUCCAAAUGGGCCAAUGUAUUACAAUGGAAUCUACCAUCUUUUCUAUCAAUACAAUCCCAAAGGUGCAGUAUGGGGGAACAUUGUUUGGGCCCAUUCUGUAUCCAAAGACAUGGUCAAUUGGCAAGCCCUUGAGCCUGCAAUUUACCCUUCAAAGCCAUUUGACAUAAAGGGUUGUUGGUCUGGAUCUGCAACCAUUCUACCGGGCAACAUGCCUGUAAUUCUUUACACAGGAAUCGACUCCGAAGAAAGACAACUCCAAAACUACGCUAUACCUAAAAACCUUUCUGAUCCAUAUCUCCGUGAAUGGAUCAAACCCGAUAACAACCCAUUGGUUUUUCCAAACGGUGUUAAUGCGACCUCAUUUCGUGACCCGACCACCGCAUGGUGGGCAAAUGAUGGAUACUGGAGGAUAUUAAUUGGCAGUAGAAGGAAGCAUAGAGGAAUAGCAUAUUUGUAUAAGAGUCGAGACUUUUUGAAAUGGACCAAGGCCAAACACCCAAUCCAUUCGAAAGGAAAAACGGGUAAUUGGGAAUGCCCUGACUUUUUCCCCGUUUCACUUUCGGGUGCAAACGGCUUGGAUACUUCAUAUGACGGCCCUGACAAGAAAUAUGUUUUGAAGGUCAGUUUAGAUGUAACAAGAUAUGAUUACUAUACAAUUGGUUCAUACUUGAAGAAUAAGGACAUAUAUGUCCCUGACAGUACCUCAGUUGAUGGUUGGGGUGGCCUUAGAUAUGACUAUGGAAACUUUUAUGCUUCCAAGACUUUCUUUGAUGCUGGUAAGGGAAGAAGGAUCUUGUGGGGUUGGGCAAAUGAGUCCGAUAGUGCAGAAGAUGAUAUUGCUAAAGGCUGGGCUGGAAUUCAGACUAUUCCAAGGUCGUUGUGGCUUGAUCCAAGUGGAAAACAAUUAUUGCAAUGGCCAAUCCGAGAAAUAGAGACACUGAGGGGGAAAAAUACACAAAUGAGCAAUAAAGUGCUCAAAACAGGAGAGACUGUUGAAGUUCAAGGAAUUACUGCAGCUCAGGCUGAUGUUGAAGUUACAUUUUCAUUCCCCAACUUGGACAAGGCUGAAACAUUUGACCCCAGCUGGGUGGAUGCACAGAAGUUGUGUGGCCAAAAGGGUUCUACCGUUAAGGGCGGCGUUGGCCCAUUCGGUCUCUUGACAUUAGCCUCAGAGAAGCUAGAAGAAUACACUCCUGUCUUCUUCAGAGUAUUUAAGGCUCCGGAUAAGCAUGUAGUUCUGAUGUGCUCUGACGCAACCAGUUCAUCUUUGAAGACUAAAGGGCUUUACAAGCCGUCGUUUGCUGGCUUUGUAGACGUAAAUUUAGCCGAUAACAAGCUUUCUCUGAGGAGUUUGAUUGAUCAUUCAGUUGUGGAAAGUUUUGGAGCUGGUGGGAAAACAUGCAUCACUUCUAGGGUUUAUCCAACUCUUGCAGUUUCCAAUAACGCUCACUUGUUUGCUUUCAACAAUGGGACUGAGACUGUAACCAUUGAUAAGCUUACUGCUUGGAGCAUGAAUAAGCCCCAAAUGAAUGAGGGAUUAAAAUAGAGGUUGAAUAGGAAUCUAUGCAUGCAUUUUAGGUUUUUAGUAUUGAAAAUAUUAAGGAAGAUCAAGCUUGAGAUAUGGAAUAAAAGUUACGUAAUCUUAGUUUUGUUAUGGACAUCUCAUUCCCAUUGGUGGGGUUUAUAUAUCAAUUUUAAUUUUAUGUUAUUUA